CUGUUAGCAUAGUUUUAUGAGUUUUCUAAUGUGUAAUAACGUUCUAAAGUAUCACAAACUUUUCCAUCACGCACAUGCUUCGUGUUAUAUCAAAAAAUGCUUCAAAAAAGCCACAGAAUUUAAAAACUAAGACUAAACUUAGUGAAUAGGUGAAACUGAUAAGAAAAUCAAACGUUUCUCAGCGCUUGUAUCAUUGGGUUUAUAACACUUUUUUUGUUUUAUCGUAUGUUUUUCAAUGCUUGUUAAAAUGGAAAAGCUGAACAAUAAUUCUGAUAGAACUAAAUUCCAAGUGAGAUUCUUAGGUGAAUAUCAUGAAAUAGUCAUUGAUUGGAAUGAUGAGAAAUAUAAAUACAAACAACAACAAGUAAUUGAACAGCUUGCAUCAAUUACUGGAAUAUCAAUCAAUUAUACAACCGGAAUAAUUAAACGAACCCCACUCGAUCGUGGUAAUUUCUUCUUUAACAAUUUAAUCCCUCGUACAAGCCCUUCUGGCGUCUUUUUAAUGUUCCCGGAGAGGACUUUCAAUCAUUCAUGCAUUCGUGAUGGCGAGCGUUAUCAUCUCGAAACAGAAUUGAAUUAUAUGCACAUCGAACACCUUGGUAUAUAUUAUAUCCUAAGAGCUAUGGAGGAUCUGGAGGAGAGUUCAGAAGGAAGGUGCGAAUUGGUCUGUCGAAGCAAGAAUACUAAAGCUUUCAUCAAUAGGAUAAAAGAUCUCGUCCAUAACGAUGAAUUGAAUGCACAAAUUUCGCAUAGGAUGCGAUCAUUGAGUUAUAAUCAGCAAUACGAGCUCUACAGAGAAUUCAAUAUUUUACAAUAUUUAAACUGGUGCUGCAAAUUACAUCCAUUUUUUUCAUUUGUUGUAGUUCAGCCCUAUUUAAGAUCUCGUGGUUAAUCUCCUGAAAUUAAUGAUUAUACUCUGUAUUUAAUUUAUCAGUCAACUAUUAUUAAAUAAUUAUUAAUAAAUAAUAAUUUUCUG